GUAGCCGGGUGGUUGUUGUGACUGAGGGGCGCGGGCGGCUUCGGCCUCUGUGGUGGUUCACACAGCCGUGAAGAAUGACGUCGAGAGGUGCUGGGACUGCCUUUUCCCGGAAGAACUACAGGCUGAGCAUUGAAUCUGAGAAGCCCAAGGUCACAGGGAUAGUGAACAGCAAGCUGCUGAAUGACUAUCUGCACCGCAUCUUCCCCAGUGCUGAUGGGAUCCAGCCUGCAGCUGCUUACAGGAAGCCACUGACAUUCCAGAACCUGCAGGAGCACCUCGACAAAUUGCUGGCAAAGGACAGUGGUGCGGAGGACAGUCGAGAUCAGAUAUUAGAGGGGCGACUUGGUCCCUCUACUGUGGUGUUGGACCACACCAGUGGUUUUGAGGGACUCCUCCUGGUUGAUGAUGACCUACUUGGGGUGAUUGGCCACAGCAACUUUGGCUCCAUCAGGGCCACAACCUGCGUGUAUAAAGGGAAAUGGAUCUACGAGGUGCUCAUCUCCUCCCAAGGUCUCAUGCAGAUUGGCUGGUGCACUCUCAACUGCAGGUUUAAUCAGGAGGAGGGGGUUGGAGACACUCCGGAUUCGUAUGCAUAUGAUGGAAACAGGGUGCGCAAGUGGAAUGUCACCACCACCAACUACGGUAAAUCCUGGGCGGCAGGAGACAUCGUCAGCUGUCUGAUAGACCUGGAUGAGGGGACCAUUGCUUUCUGCCUGAAUGGUGUGUCUCUGGGAACAGCUUUCGAUAACAUCACCAGGGGAGCUGGCAUGGCGUACUUCCCCGCUAUCAGCCUCUCCUUUAAAGAAUCAGUCGCUUUUAACUUCGGCAGCCGCCCACUCCGUUAUCCGGUGGAGGGAUAUCACCCCCUGCAGGACCCGCCCAGCAUGGACCUGGUGGAAGCUCACAAGCUGUUGGGCUAUCUGAAGAAUGUUAUUCACAUUGGGAUAGACGUGUUGGAGGGGAAGUUGGUGGAGAAGGACAUGUCGACGUGGCAGCUGCAAGGAGAGCCCACGAUGCUGAUCACCCUGGCACACAUCUUUAACCACUUUGCCCCUCUCAUGUGCAAAGUGUAUCUGGUGGAAGAUGUGCUCAUGAACUUCCUGCUGAGCAUUCUGGAGCGGGGAGGGGCUGUGGAAGCACAUCCUCUCAUCCAGCAGCUACUGGAUCUCAUGUGGCUUCUCAUGGAGGAUUACGAGGUGCAUGAAUGCCUCAAGCAGCUGCUGAUGUCCCUGCUGCGGGCUUACAGGUUCUCUCCCAUCAUCCCAGACCUGGGUUUACAGAUCCAUUACCUCCGGCUCACCAUUGCAGUCCUGAAGCACGAGAAGUCCAGGAAAUAUCUGCUCAACAAUGUCCUCUUCGACGUGCUCCGCUCAGUGGUGUUCUUCUUCAUCAAGAGCCCCCUGCGUGUGGAGGAGGCUGGCCUGCAGGAGCUCAUCCCCACCACCUGGUGGCCAAACCGCUUCACCAAAGAGGGCAAGGAGAGCAAGGAGGUGAAGGAGGAGAGUGCCGAGGAGAGGCUGCGCCGGCGGGCAUAUGACAGAGGCUGCCAGCGGCUCAAAAAACGCAUUGAAGUGGUGGAAGAACUCCAGGUUCAGAUCCUGAAGCUGCUUCUGAACAACAAAGACCGAGGAGGGGGGGAAGCCUCCAGAUACAUCUUCCUGAACAAAUUCCGCAAGUUCCUUCAGGAAAAUGCUAGCAACCGAGGGAACCUGACUGUACUGUGCCCGCCAGAAUACAUGGUCUGCUUCCUGCAUCGACUCAUCUCCACCUUGCGCUGCUACUGGGACGGGCACAAGGCCAAGGCUCCUGCAGCCCUGAGCAGUGAGGAGGCAUAUGUUCCUCCUCAGCUCUUCUAUAACGGGAAGGUGGAUUACUUUGACCUGCAGCGACUCGGUGGACUCCUGUCUCAUCUCAAGAAGACUCUGAAAGAUGACCUGGCUUUGAAAGCAAAUAUCCUGAUUGAUCCUGCGGAGCUGCAGGCUGUGACCAUGGACGACCUGGAUGAGGAUGAGGAGUCUGCAACGUCCACAGCCCAGCGCCCAGUUGCAGCACUGGCCAUUGGUGGUGCCCUUGCCAGGCCCAGUUGGCUCAGCUCACCCACCCUGGGCCGUGCCAACCGCUUCCUCAGUACAGCCGCCGUCAGCCUGAUGAACCCGCGGCGGUCCCUGGGCACCCUGGAGAAGAUGAAAGCACGCACGCUGAGUGUGGAGCAGCGGACAGAGGAUGACAGAGCUGCGGGAGAGGCGGGGUGCGUCCAUGCUGUCACGGCAGCGCUGAUCCUGGCGCAGGCAGCCUGGGCUGGUGAAGUGUCUCCUGAAGCAGUAGAAGGCAGCCAUGGAAAUGAGGGUCUGUUACUGGGGAGACCCCCCGAGGAGCCGGAGCAGUCAAUCACUGAGAACUCCCUUCUGGAGAUCCUGGAUGGAAUAGUGAUGAUGUACAACCUCAGCGUCCACCAGCAGCUUGGUAAGAUGGUGGGUGUGUCCGAUGAUGUAAACGAAUACGCCCUGGCACUGAAGGACACAGAGGAGAAGAUUAGCCGAUGUCCAAAGAGGAGGAGGGACAUCUACGAGGAGCUGGUGAAAAGCCAGAAGGUUUUCUCAGAGAAACUCAACCACCUGAGUCGCCGGCUAGCCUGGAUCAAUGUCACCAUCUACUCCAAGGAGAAGAUGCAGGACAUAUACUGGCUGCUGCGAGUGUGCAUCCGCACCAUUGAGCACGGGGACAGGACGGGCUCGCUCUUCGCCUUCAUGCCGGAGUUCUACCUCAGUGUGGCCAUGAACAGCUACAGCGCGCUGAAGAACUACUUCAGCCCUGUCCAUAGCAUGGAGGAGCUCCCCGGCUAUGAAGAGACUCUGACGCGUCUUGCUGCCAUCCUGGCCAAGCACUUUGCUGACUCCAGGAUCGUCGGCACUGACAUCCGGGACUCUCUGAUGCAGGCGCUGGCCAGCUACGUCUGCUACCCACACUCGCUGCGGGCCGUGGAGAGGAUCCCAGAGGAGCAGCGAAUAUCCAUGAUGAGGAACCUGCUGGCUCCCUACGAGCAGCGGCCAUGGGCGCAGACCAACUGGAUCCUUGUUCGGCUGUGGCGGGGCUGUGGGUUUGGAUACAGGUACACGCGGCUCCCGCACCUGCUGAAAACCAAGCCCGAGGAUGCCAAUCUCCCCAGCCUGCAGAAGCCGUGCCCCUCCACCCUUCUGCAGCGGCACAUGGCCGAUCUGCUGAGCAGUGACUGCGACAUGGCACCCAGCUUCCUCAACAGCGUCCUCAACCAGCUCAACUGGGCCUUCUCGGAGUUCAUUGGCAUGAUCCAGGAGAUCCAGCAGGCAGCAGAGCGCCUGGAGAGGAACUUCGUGGACAGCCGUCAGCUGAAGGUGUGCGCGACGUGCUUCGACUUGUCCGUGAGCCUGCUCAGAGUGCUGGAAAUGACCGUCACACUGGCCCCUGAGAUUUUCCUCGACUGGAGCCGCCCCUCCUCGGAGCUGCUGCUCAGGAGACUCGCCCAGCUGUUGAACCAGGUGCUGAAUCGGGUGACAGCCGAGCGGAACCUGUUCGACAGAGUGGUCAACCUCCGGCUGCCAGGGCUAGAGAGCGUGGAUCAUUAUCCAAUCCUUGUGGCUGUGACGGGGAUUCUGGUCCGACUCCUCAUGGACACUGACUUCCAAGGGGCCAAGCGGGCGACAGCUGUGCUCCUGGCAGACCCCGGCUUCCAGCUCCGCUCCAUCCAGUACCUGCUGGGCCAUGCAGAGCCAUCAGCACUGGCAGCCACGCCUCCCUCUGCAGACAAGAGACAUUUCUCCCUGCACACCUACACCGACUACAUCAGCCAGGAGGAGCUGGCCAAGGUGGAGCGGAUGCUGAGCCACCUGCGUGAAGAGUCAAAGCAGGCAGCUGCCUCCAUGCUGCCCACCAGUGAGGAAGACCUGUGCCCCAUCUGCUACGCACACCCUAUCUCGGCCAUCUUCAGGCCAUGCUCCCACAAGUCCUGCAAAGCCUGCAUCAACCAGCACCUGAUGAACAACAAGGACUGCUUCUUCUGCAAGGCCACCAUCACAGGCGUGGAUGACUUCACCAAGCCAGGCAGCUCCUAG